CUUCGCCGUGUUGCAGAAGAGAGCACGGGAACGUGCUCAUGGCAGAGCUCUGGCUGUCCUGGAUGGCGAUCCUCGGCAAGGAACCAAGCUCCGUCAGCUACGCCUGCGUGAUCAACGCCUGUGCGCAGGCCGGGGACGUGACCCGCGCGGAGGGGUGGCUGGCAAAGAGUUUUGCCGCGGAGGCCGUGCCCAACAAGUUCAGCUUCAACGCCGUCAUCCCUGGGGGCGUGCGGGCGAGGCCGGCCUCAUGAUCCGGGCGGAGCAGUGGCUCAGCGCGCUCAUCGGGGAGGACCUCUUCAGCCCAGACGUAGUCAGCUACAACACCGUCAUCCACGCGUACGCGCGCACGGGUAACGUUGACAGGACGGCAGAGUUCUGGCUGCAGCAGAUGGUCAAGGCCAACCUGGUUCCCAACGAGGUCACCAUGGGCUCGCUGAUUAACGCGUGUGCUGAGGCUGGGAAGUUGAACAGGGCUGAACGCAUUCUGGAGGCAAUGACCGAGGACCACCACCUGAAGCCGAACGACAUCUGCUACAACGCCGUCAUCAAGGCGUGCGUGAACUGCCGCAGCUUCCAGCGGGCGGAGGUGUGGAUGCUCCGGAUGAGGAGAGAGGGCUUCGCCCUCACCCCCAUGACCUACAACCUGUUCAUCCACGGCUGCGCCCAGGCGGGAGACCUGACCCUCGCCGACAAAUACCUUAACGAAAUGAUCAAGGAGGGCUGUGAGGCGAACCGCAUCACGUUCAACCUGCUGCUGAACCUCUGCGCCAACCGGGGGGAGGUGGAGCGAGCCGAGGCCUGCCUGCACCACAUGGUCUCGUGCGGGCUGGAGCCGGACCAGGUCGGGCGCGACGUUGGCAACGCGCGUGCCGGCGACUUCGAAAAGCUGCCCGCGGCGGGCGGUCCAGGAUCUUGCGCGCUGGGCGCCGGUCCCUCGGAGCGUCGCGCGGUCGACGAGCGCUCCGAGCCGCUGCCAGGGCAGGCCUGGGCCGAGGGUGAUAUGCGGCAGACUGGGGCGGAGCAGGCUGCCGUCGUCUCGUGCGUCGGUCAAGCCUUUGCCGUUGCUGCGCGCGCACCCGGAGCUUCUUUCGAGGCGGCGCUCGGCCCUGCGAGCGGGCCGGAGGCGGGCAGAUUCAUUACUCCAG